UCGAUGGUUCUAGAAAACGGACGAGGCGACGACGCCGCUUGACUAUGACCACCGCUGAUCCCUCGUCUCGGUCGCAGGUGCGAAAGCCUCGAAGAGAAGACAGGGGCCUCUCGAUCGAGAGAGGGAGAGAGGUCGAGUCGGAGCUUCGCGGCCCCUUCACGAGCUCCCACUUCCAACACCGGAAUUUAGGAGGUGAUUCUAUAGAAGAUGAGUGUUGUUGGAUUUGACGUUGGAAAUGAGAGCUGCAUUGUUGCUGUUGCCCGCCAACGCGGCAUCGACGUGGUGCUCAAUGACGAAUCGAAGCGUGAGACUCCUGCCGUGGUCUGCUUUGGAGAGAAGCAGCGGUUCAUCGGAACUGCUGGCGCGGCGUCCUCCAUGAUGAACCCCAAGAACACAGUUUCACAGAUAAAGCGCCUCAUCGGCAGGAAAUUUUCCGAUCCCGAGCUCCAGAGGGAUAUCCAAUCCCUUCCAUUCAAGGUGACCGAAGGGCCAGAUGGGUUCCCGCUAAUCCAUGUCAACUAUCUUGGUGAGCAGAGGACCUUUACUCCAACCCAAAUUCUUGCGAUGGUUCUUUCCGACCUGAAGGGGAUUGCCGAGAAGAAUAUGCAUGCGGCUGUUGUGGAUUGCUGCAUAGGAAUUCCAGUGUACUUUACUGAUAUCCAGAGAAGGGCAGUGCUGGAUGCUGCCACUAUUGCUGGAUUGCAUCCUCUCCAGUUGUUCCAUGAGACCACUGCCACUGCAUUGGCUUAUGGUAUCUACAAGACGGACUUCCCAGAGAAUGAUCAGCUGAAUGUGGCUUUUGUCGAUGUGGGUCAUGCAAGCAUGCAGGUCUGCGUUGCUGGGUUUAAGAAGGGGCAGCUGAAGAUUUUGGCACAUUCUUAUGAUCGGUCCCUUGGAGGGAGAGAUUUUGAUGAAAUGCUUUUCAAGCACUUUGCUGCCAAAUUCAAGGAUGAAUACAAGAUCGAUGUGUAUCAGAAUGUACGAGCUUGCCUCAGGCUUUGGGCAGCGUGUGAAAAGUUGAAAAAGGUUCUCAGUGCAAACCCAGAAGCACCACUGAACAUUGAGUGUUUGAUGGAUGAGAAGGAUGUGAGAGGGUUUAUCAAAAGGGAAGAAUUUGAGCAGAUCAGCGCCCCAAUAUUGGAACGAGUUAAACGGCCAUUGGAGAAGGCACUUGUGGAAGCAGGGUUGAGUGUGGAGAAUAUUCACUCGGUUGAGGUUGUUGGGUCAGGUUCCCGAGUUCCAGCCAUUAUUAGAAUCUUGACUGAGUUUUUCGGGAAAGAGCCUAGACGGACAAUGAAUGCAAGUGAGUGUGUUGCUCGAGGCUGUUCACUACAAUGUGCCAUCCUCAGUCCAACAUUUAAAGUCCGGGAGUUUCAGGUUCAUGAGAGUUUCCCCUUGUCAAUAGCAUUGUCAUGGAAAGGAUCUACCCCUGAUUCCCAGAAAGGAGAAUCAGAAAGUCAACAGAGUUCAGUCGUGUUUCCCAAGGGAAAUCCAAUCCCUAGUGUCAAAGCUCUUACAUUUUAUAGAUCUAUUACUUUUACAGUCGAUAUCAUUUACACUGAUGGUGGUGAUUUGCAAGUUCCAUCAAAGAUUAGCACAUAUGCGAUUGGUCCUUUCCAAUCUGGCAAAGGUGGGAUUGUGAAGUUGAAAGUAAAAGUUCGGAUGAAUCUUCAUGGAAUUGUUUCUGUUGAAUCAGCCACUAUGUUGGAAGAAGAAGAAGUUGAUGUUCCAGUGUCAAGCGCUACAGAGCUAACAAUGGAGGCUACAAAUAUGGACAUGGAUGAAGCAACAAAUGAUUCCUCCAAAACUGAAAAUGACGUAAACAUGCAGGAAGCUAAAGGUUCGGUUGGUAAUUCUAGUGGUGGGAUUGAGAAUGGGACAUCAGAGAUCGAGGAAAACGCUGUGAGGAUGGAGACAGAUACCAAGGUGGAAGUUCCUAGAAAGGUCAAGAAAACCAACGUUCCCAUAACUGAAUUGGUUUAUGGUGGGAUGUUAGCUGAAGAAUUGCAAAAAGCAGUUGAGCAAGAGUUUGAGAUGGCUCUCCAAGACAAGGUGAUGGAAGAAACUAAGGACAGGAAAAACACUGUGGAGGCAUAUGUGUAUGACAUGCGAAACAAGCUGCAUGACAAAUAUCAGGACUUUGUAACAUCAACAGAGAAGAAAGAGUUUAUUGCAAAGCUACAGGAAGUCGAGGAUUGGUUGUAUGAAGAUGGAGAGGAUGAAACAAAGGGUGUUUAUGUUGCUAAGCUUGAGGAGCUCAAAAAGACAGGUGAUCCGAUUGAAGAGCGUUACAGGGAGUGGGCAGAGAGAGGUCCUGCUAUUGAUCAACUUGUUUAUUGCAUUAAUAGUUUCAGAGAAGCAGCAUUGUCCAGUGAUCCUAGAUUUGAUCACAUUAAUAUAACUGAAAAGCAGAAGGUGAUUAAUGAGUGUGGUGGAGUAGAAGCAUGGCUAAGGGAGAAGCAGAAGCUGCAGGAUGCUUUACCCAAAUCUGCCACUCCGGUUCUUCUUUCUGCAGAUCUGAAGAGAAAAGCUGAAACAUUAGACAGGUUUUGCAAGCCAAUAAUGACAAAGCCAAAGCCACCUCCAGCCAAGCCACAACCCCCUCUAACUGAGAUGCCAGCAGCUCAACCCCAAACCGGUGAGCAGCAGCAUAUGGGAGAUCGCACUGCUGAAGGUAGCAGUCAGGUGCCGCCAACAACAGCUCCUGAGCCAAUGGACACUGACAAAUCAGAGGCUGAAUCUGCCGCAUAAAGAGUAUUUAGAAGCAGUUCCAGACUACUAAUUGUUUGGGUUGGAGCCAUAUGAGAUGAUGUGUGUGGUGGUCAUCUACACAUUAUUGUAGCAAAAUUUAGUCAUGCGAAAAUGAGUGGAAAGAGAUCCACAGAUUCUGAGUGGGUCCUUUGGGUCUUA